CACAAACAAAAUCUGGAGUGUUUUCUGGCUUUGCCGUUGCCAUUUUGCGUGACGAGAAUUGAAGAGAAGAGAAGCUAAUUGUAGCUCCUACUACGCUCACCAACAUCAAGUCUCGAAUAGCAAUGGCGUCGUGGAAGAUGGGUUUCGCUUCAUUCCAGAAGCAGACGAUGUCGUUUGAGGUUUCGUGCAAUAGGAAGAGAGACAGAGACAGGGAACGAGGUAGCAUCCUUCCCUACAAGGUGGUCGAGAUUACUCCUCCACCUAAGUCUCUUGGCGUUCGUUGCUUACCCCCUAACUUGCAGUGUGGGGAGAAUGUAACAAUAGAAGGACAAGCUUAUACUAUUUCAGCUGUAACACAUCGCUAUCAGCUUCGGAAGGGGAAAUACGAACCAAGCGAGAAGAGGCUUGACGUUUUGUCCACAGGAAGAUACUUGUACGUUCCCAGCCUAAAACCUGCACGUGGGGCCACUGCAAGUUCGCACGUGCAACCCUGUUAAUAAGCCAGGGUCUUUUAUCAUGUAGGGUCCGAAACAUUCAUGUAUUAAGUAGUGGUACAACAAUUUUGUGAGAUACGAGCAGUUAUACUUAUGGUGACUCAUUUAUUUAUUUAUUCCUUUGACCAAGAGCUGUGGUGCCUAAUACACACACCUCUUUGAUUCAUACUCUUGUCGUGUAUUUUUUCAAUAAUUAAUUAAUUGGCACCUGAUUCAUCUGUCCUUUGGACAGAUAAGAUUACACUAGUGAACUUCGUCCAA